CUACACCGUAUAGCAAAGAGCGUGGCAUUACAUAACCUCCUGCACGAGGGCGUCGUUGCUUCUGCCGUGUGCUUGCUGGAACUUUGCUCAUUGGACACGGAAAUGCUACGAGUGGAUGUCCAGGCAGCGCGUCGUAUCUACGACCACAUGAGUUCAAAGGAAAAGGACCUUUUUCCCUGCAGCGCCGUCAUCGACCUCUUCAUAUGGCCUAAGUGCUCCUUCAAAUGAUUACAGAAGUUCAAGUUCUUGAGGUACUUAAUAUCUUCAGUAAAAAAGAAGAAGCCGAACCUCGCAUCGUUUGAUCCUAGAGCAGUCAUCCGCAAAUCUCAACUGUAAAUUUGAAGUUCUUAGGCGCAUGCUUUCCUCCCACAACAGCGUUGCUCGUUUUUUCUAAUUUUUAUGUCAUUCCCCGAGAACCGAAGACGGAACACCGAGCAAGCCAUGGGUAGUCCUGCGUUGUUGACCUCGUUGCGCAUGCUGGAGGAAGCGACGUGGGCACUCGAUCCACACCCUGCUUCCAGCGCCACCGCCGCCGCAGCCCAAAGCUCCGCUGCUGCGAGCACUUACGACUCGCCAUGGCACCUUGUCUUAAGACCGACCUCUACUACAAACACGCAAGAAAGGCUCUUCUACUAGGAUGUCAAUCAUCUCUUUCGACGAAAGUAUGGAUUGUAUAGGGUUCGUCCCCCUCGUAACACGCUUCUAAUGUUCGCGCUUUUCUGCCGUGUGCACGCGCUCCCACGGUCUCUGACCUUGUUGCACGAACUGGCGCGCAGCAAUGACUGGGUCAUGUUUUUACAUGAGAGCGAUCUACAAGAAUGUCCGCCAGAAACUGUACUCGACGUGAUCGACGGCUAUUUCACUGACCUGCCCCUCCAGAGCCACCUGCGGAUCAACGUUAGCAGCAUG